GAAAUAUUACCAUUCAAAACAAAAACACUCAUUGGGUUUGUCUUAAAGAAAAACAAGAACGAAGCGAAAUGAAAUCGACCGUCGUGAGUUUCCUCAUCAUCUACCUCCUCCUUGCCGUGCCUUGCUUCGCUAAAGGAUCAGAGCAAACGGAUUCAGAGGUGUACGAGAUCGAUUACAGGGGGCCGGAGACUCAUAACUCUAGACCUCCGCCGGAGACUAUACACGGCAAACCACCGUACAUCCACCAUAAAACCCUCACCGCUGGAUCGGCCGGUGCUCAUGUAGAAGGAAAGAACUAGAGAGAGAGAGAGAGAGAUACCCUUUCAAAGGAGAAGAGAGAUGAUGCAGAAGCUUCAAGUUAAAGAGGAAUCAAGUAUAUUUACGAGAGUUGUGAUAUAAAUGAGUAAUGGGUACAGCUAGAGUUAUUUAUAUAUACCUUAUUACAUAUUUAUCAUAUGAUCAUCGAUGUGAGAUCAGCACUGUUAGUGUGAAUAACACACACUACUCUCCUGAUGUUAUGUCCGGUCUUUUCUUUUCUUUUCUUUUCUUCAUGCACCGUUGAUUUGUAUCAUUUUUUUCGGUCUGAAUCUUGUAAAACCAUAUUCAGAUUAAUUCAGGGUAUAAUGUGUCACCACACAUAGAUACCAGUAUAAUUAUUUAGCUAAUUUUGUUUUGUUUUGACAUAUAAUGAAAAUCUUAUUUGAUAAAAAAACAUAGACAUGGAAAUAUGUUUUAACCC